UCCUCCUCCCAUUUUCAAAGCGAAAGCCGAAGGUUUCAGAAGCUUUUUCCCGCCAACAAUGGCGCCCAAAUCCGAUAACACAGAAGCAAUCGUUCUCAGAUUCGUGAAUGAGCAAAAUAAACCACUGAAUUCUCAAAAUGUGGCUGAUGCGUUGCAAAAGUUCAACCUUAAGAAGACGGCAAUACAGAAAUCGCUGGAUACUCUUGCUGAUGGUGGAAAGAUUUCGUUCAAGGAGUAUGGUAAGCAGAAGAUAUACCUGGCUCGGCAAGACCAGUUUGAUAUUCCAAACAGUGAGGAGCUUAACCAGAUGAAGGAUGCAAAUGCGAAGCUGCAAGAACAGUUGGCUGAGCAAAAGAGGGCAAUCAGCGAGGUCGAGGGAGAGAUUAAAGCUUUGCAGUCAAAUUUGACCCUGGAACAAAUAAAGGAGAAAGACACCAAACUGAGAAAGGAGGUUAUGGAACUGGAAGACAAGUUGGAGAAAUUGCGAGGAGGAGUUACCUUGGUCAAACCUGAAGACCGCAAGAUUAUUGAGCAAAUGUACUCGGAGAAGAUAAGUCAGUGGAGAAAGCGUAAGAGGAUCUUCAAAGAUCUCUGGGACACUAUAACUGAAAAUUCACCUAAAGAUAUCAAGGAGUUCAAGGAAGAGCUUGGGCUUGAAUAUGAUGAAGAUGUUGGUGUGAAUCUUCAGUCAUUCAGUGACCUGCUGCCAAAGAGUAAGAAGCGGCCCAGAGGCUGGUGAUGUUUAUGGUGAAGUUAUGCAUAGUCAAAGUUUAGAAAUGAGUUCCCUGGUUUAUUUAACAAAGGAUAGUCCACUUAUGUAUAUUCUGCACUCUGGAGAUUAUCAUUUAGGUUUAUGUAUCCCCGUUGGUUAAAUUUACUGCUGUUACAUGCUGAAAUCUAGAUCUAAGGGGUUUUGACACAAGUCCUAGUGUCGGGCAUAGACACCAUUUUCUUGGUGUCUUGCUAAGCUGAAAGGGACUAACUUUGAGUUGCCUCUUCUUUCAUACUUCAUGAUUUAUGAGCC